AUGGAAGAAGAAGUGAUUUGGGAAGAUCAUCAUCAAAGGUACAAUGCUACGAGUGCAAUGGAUUUGGGCAUGUUUGGAAGGAGUACAGAAUCUGCGGCGGGAUCUGCCUCAGCGUCUGUGUCAGGGUCUUCAUGUGGAGGUGAUGAUGAUGCUGGAAGUGAAGAUGAUGAUGGUGAAAGCUUUGAUCUUGCUGGAAAUUAUGAAAAGUUGUAUGAGCAUUGGCUCAAGCUGGUUGAGACAAACUCAUAUUUGGCUAAGGAGAAAGCCAAGCUAGAAGCUCAAGUUGCUGAAGCACUUAAGUAUGCUUCAGAGAAAGAAGAAGAAGCACGAGAGGCUGUUGCUCAACUUACAGAGACUCAGAAGGGUUUGAGGAUGCUGAAUAAUGGGACGGAUCAGCUAGAUCAACUUCUCAGUAUUGGGCAAAGUGAUAGAUGCGGCCUUGUAUAUCAAGGAGAAUGUUCUAAGGCUGAAGGUGUUUUUGUAUCAGCAGGAAAAACUAAGGAUGUAGCUACGUCUGCUACAAAGCCAGAAGUUAAGAUGUCUGCAGAGAAUGCUACAAAUGGAAAGACUGCAGUGAAGCCUGCAACUGAUGUGAAGAAUGUGACGGCUACGCGUACUGCUACGGCAACUGCUACGGCGACUACUCCAGAGAGAGUUUCUGGAUUGAAGAGUGGAUCUCAACAAAGGUUUCGGCCUGUUUGUCAUCACUGUGGUGUUGUUGGACACAUUAGGCCAAUGUGUUUUAAGUUAUUGAAGGAGAAGAAUCAGAUGGAGCAAGCUUAUGGUAUGAGGUAUCAUGGACCUAUAUGUUAUUCUUGUGGAGUUCAAGGGCAUAUGCGGCGUGGUUGUGUCAACUAUAUAUGA